CAGUGCAUCAGACACCCUCUUGCAAAAAUGAGGACUAUCUUACUGGGCCUUGUAUGGCUCUGUCUUACCCUGUACCUGGACGCAUUGUCUCUGGCUGGACGGAGGAUAGAGACAGAAGGCGAAGCAGCAAUCAGAGGAGGAAAGGUGCUCAAGAGAGUGAGACGAGGCUGGAUGUGGAACCAGUUUUUCCUGCAGGAGGAGUACACAGGCAGCGACUACCAGUAUAUUGGCAAGCUCCAGUCAGACAUGGACCAUGGCAACGGUGUCGUCAAGUACGUUCUCUCCGGCGAGGGUGCCGGCACCAUCUUUGUCAUCGACGAGAAUAACGGCGACCUGCACGCCACUCGCCGUCUGGAUCGUGAGGAAAAGGCUUUUUAUAUCCUCAAGGCCACAGUGGUCAACAAACGGACGGGCCAGAAGCUGGAGCCAGAGACUGAGUUCACCGUCAAACUGCACGACAUCAACGAUAACGAGCCUCAGUUCAGCAAAGAGGUUUACACCGCCACCGUACCCGAGAGGUCUGAUAUCGGUACAUCAGUCGUCCAGGUAACAGCUUCAGAUGCUGAUGACAGCAUGUAUGGGAACAGUGCCAAACUGGUCUACAGCAUCAGCCAGGGACACCCAUACUUCUCUGUGGACCCCAAUACAGGUGUGAUCAGGACAGCCUUGGGUCAAGGCGACAUGGACCGCGAGCAGAGGGAGCACUACCAAGUGGUGAUCGAAGCCAAAGACAUGGCGGGACAGAGAGGAGGUCUCACCGGGACAACGGUGGUUAACAUCAGCCUCACCGACGUCAACGACAACCCUCCCCGCUUCACUCAGAGUAUAUACCAGUUCAGAGUUCCUGAGUCAUCCAAGUCAGGCACUCCAGUUGGGAGGAUUAAAGCCACCGACAAAGACAUCGGGAGGAAUGCUGAGAUGUACUUCACCAUUGUGAGCGGAGACGGCAUGGACAUGUUUGACAUCUCCACUGACAAAGACACCCAGGAGGGAGUCAUCACCGUCAGCAAGCCAUUGGAUUAUGAGAGGAAGCAGUCCUACACCAUAGAGAUCCAGGUCCAGAACACCCAGGUAGACACUCGCUUCAUGUCGGCAGGCUACAAAGACAUGGCCACGGUUCGGAUCGGCGUGGAGGACGUGGACGAGCCGCCGCUGUUUGACAAAGCCAGCUAUCUGAUGGAAGUGAAGGAAGAUGCUGCGGUGGGCGUGGCCGUAGGCUCGGUCAGUGCCAUGGACCCCGAUGGAGCUCGCAGUCCAGUCAAGUACUCUAUCGACCGGCGCACCGACAUGGACCGCCUGUUCAAUGUCCAUCCAGGGAAUGGAUCUGUCUUCCUCCUCAAAAGCCUGGACAGAGAGGAGACCGCCUGGCAUAAUAUUUCAAUCAUCGCCACAGAGUUCAGUAAGUCUAAUAAUCCUCGCCAAAUCAGCCAUGUUUCAGUCUACAUCCGCCUGCUGGACAUUAACGACAACGCUCCCACCUUUGCCACUGUGUAUGAGACCUUCGUCUGUGAGAGGACCAAAGCUGGUCAGCGGAUCCAGACAGUGAGCGCUGUCGAUGCCGAUGAGCCGUCAAUGGGACACAAGUUUUUCUUCAGCCUGGCUCCUGAGGGGACCCACCGCAGUAACUUCACCGUACGAGACAAUGGAGAUAACACCGCCGGGAUCCUGACACGUCGAGCCAGCUACAGCCGCCUUCACCAGAGCGUCUACCUGGUUCCCGUGGUGAUCACAGAUGGAGACUACCCCAUGCAGAGCAGCACGGGGACCCUCACUGUGCGCGUGUGCACCUGCGACCGCAACGGCAACAUGGAGCUGUGUAACGCCGAGGCUCUGAGCAGCACUCCUGGUCUCAGCACCGGAGCACUCAUCGCCAUCCUCCUGUGUGCCAUCAUACUGCUGAUGAUCGUGGUUCUCUUCACGGCGCUGAAACGCCAAAGAAAGCAGGAGCCUCUGAUCAUCUCCAAGGAGGACGUCCGGGACAACGUGGUGAGCUACAACGACGAGGGAGGAGGAGAGGAGGACACCCAGGCCUUCGAUAUCGGAGCACUGCGUCACCCGGACGCCGCCGCUGCUUUGGAGGAGUCCACCAAACAGAGGCGCGACAUCAUCCCCACAGAUACGCUGCUGUACCCUCCGCACCGCCGAGCCGGCCCCGCCGCCUCCACCCUCAUCAUGCCGCCGGUCAGCAUGGCGACGAGGGAUAACGGGGACGUGCGCGAGUUCAUCAACCAGAGGGUUCUGGAGAACGACUGCAACCCGACGGCGCCACCGUACGACUCGCUGGCCACCUAUGCCUACGAGGGCGCGGGUUCGGUGGCGGAGUCGCUGAGCUCGCUGGGCUCGGCUUCGUCCGACGCCGAGCAGGACUACCACUACCUGAGUGACUGGGGGCCCAGGUUCAGGAAACUUGCUGACCUGUACGGAGCCGAGGACAGCGACUUCUCCUAA